AUGGCAACACCGACCCAGCCGCAGCCGUACGGCAGCAACCAGUACCCCACGCCCACCUCGCAGAGCGGCGCUGGCUCAGCGCCGCAGUCUGCCUACACGCCGACGGAAAGAGCAUCCCAGUCAGGAGCGCCGGCCGGGAGGGAAUACAGCCAUCCGCAGCCGCAGCAGCCAGCCGCACCGCAGCAGUUUGAGAAGUACUGCAUCAUCCACAUUGCUACGACGUGUGACGAGCACGGCGUCUAUGUCACCAAGGACAGCGCGGAGGUCAUUGAGAUCGGAUGGGUCGUGGUCGAUGCCCAGAACUCCGAGCGAGAGUUGCACCGCCAGUCCGUGCUGGUUCGCCCUGUCAACACUCCUAUUACUCCCCUGUGCACCUCUCUCACCACUCUCACCUGGGAACAUGUCAAGAACGCCGGCUCAUUCCGCGACGCCAUCGGCACUUUCGACUCUUUCGCCCGCGAACAUCUAGUACCCAAGGACGGCGACUCUGGAGCUCAGCCAACGUUCGCCUUUGUAACCUUGACGCCCUGGGAUCUACGCGUGCAGCUGCCACGUGAGGCUCGCGACAAGAACGUUGUGCUACCACCUUAUCUUCAACAUCCCAUCCUGUUCGGCCUUCGUGGCGAGUAUCAGACUUUUCAAUCACACCAUCCAGAAACGCUGGCCUUCAGCUCCUCCAGUCUAUCAUCAAUUUGUGCCGGACUCGAAGUCGAAGAAGUUCGCUCCUCUGGCAAGGUUACCGGCGGCUUACCCUUCCAUCUCCAGGCGCUGGCACCAUCGUCACCCCGCCGCGCGCUCGAAGAGGCCCUCACUUUAACCCGCUGCCUCACAUCGCUCGUCAAAAAGUCACGGCCAUCACAAACCAACCCACAAGGUACACCAGACGUUCUUGCACGCCCAUUGGACGCUCGCAGUGACGUUCGCGCAUUCCUCGGCGAGCGCAGCAAGGUUCUUCACUUGAGCGGACUUCCUCACGACACGACGCAAAGUGAGCUCGAAAGCUGGUUCACGCAGUACGGCGGCCGACCGAUUGCUUUCUGGACUCUGCGAACCCCAGAGGGAGGCAAGCCAAGUGGCAGCGGAUUUGUUGUAUUCGGCAGUCACGAAGAGGCAGCCGAGUCGCUCUCCAUGAACGGACGCGCUCUCAACGAUCGCGCUAUUGAGGUCGCGCCCUCUUCCAGCCGCGUCCUCGACCGCGCAGCACACUCUCAACCACCAGGUGGUCCUCCCCUCUUGACGCCAUUCCCACCAUCGAAGAACCGCCCGCGCCCAGGCGACUGGACAUGCCCGUCGUGUGGAUUCUCCAACUUCCAGCGUCGCACAGCAUGCUUCCGAUGCUCAUUCCCGGCCAUGGGCGCCACAGGCGGUGACCCAUACAACCAGUCAUACGGCAUGCAACCGGCACCUUACGGCGGCGCAGGCUACGGCCACCCAGUCAUGAUGGGCGGCCAGAUGCACCAAGGUGGCGGCGGCUAUGGAGGUAUGGGCGGCAGCCACAUGGGAGGCUCAAGCGGCCGAGGUGGCAUCGUACCAUUCCGUGCUGGAGACUGGAAGUGCGGCAAUGAAGGCUGCGGCUACCACAACUUUGCCAAGAACGUAUCCUGCUUACGUUGCGGUGCAUCCAGGAACAACGCGGCUGUUGUCGCAGAGAGCGGUAUGACCAGCUUCCCAGGAUCAUCGUACGGAGGCCCUCCAAACAUGCCAAUGCAAUCAAUGCCACCUCAGCAGUAUGGAGGCAUGCAGCAACCGGAUCCAUCUGCUUACGGCAGUGGCGGCAUGGCUGGACCACCAGGCGGCUUUAGUGGACAGUCCUAUGGCCCACCAUCAACUUAUGCCCUUCCAUCUGGCAUUGCUGCCCCAAGCCCAUACAUGGCUGGAGGAUACUCGCAGAUGGCCAACAACGCUGGUAUGCAGUCUCAAGGAGGAUUCGAUAGCCGCACCGAGCAGGCUUUCAACCAAGGUAAUGCAGGUGGCCAGGCCACUGCAGGCGCUUACUCGAAUGGCGCUUAUGGUAACACUGGAGGCUAUGGCAAUGACGGCUCGGCCGAUCCAUUCUCAUUCCUCAACACUGGCAUGAGUCAGCUUGGUAUCAACGAGGGUGGUGAUCGUCGCAAUGGCGGUGGUGCCAAAUCACCUCAAUGA